AUGGAUAAAAUUUCACCAUUUCUGGAAAAAUAUACAAACGCAAAUGAUGCAAAAUUUCUAAUUCACGGUUUUCAGCAUGGUUUCCCUCUUGGUUAUGCAGGUCCAAGAAUUUAUAGGGACAGCAAAAAUUUAAAGUCAGUCAUUGAUAAUAUUGACAUUGCAAAACAAAAAAUUUAUGACGAGAUAGAUGCUGGGCGUAUGUCGGGCCCCGACGCCACAAGACCUAUAUCAAAUCUUAGAUGUUCCCCGAUCGGGCUAGUUCCAAAGAAAUCCGGCGGAUUUAGGUUAAUUACACACAUGUCACAUCCUGCAAGCGAUAGUGUUAAUGACUAUAUUGACCCAAUGUUAACAUCUGUCAAAUAUUCGGAUUUUGAUAAUGCUGUAAAAAUGAUAAAAAGGCUAGGUAAAGGUACAUUAAUGGAAAAAAUGGAUUUGAAAAGUGCUUUCAGAAUUUUACCAUGCUAUCCUGGAGAUUUUGACCUGUUAGGAAUCAUGCUGGAUGAUUAUAUACCUGAUGAUAAUUUGUUUCAUAUUUUUGGUACUGUUGAUUAUGAUGGUAGUUAUUUUAACACUCCACGUCGCAGUAAAGAUAGUAUACGAGGAAAUAACUAUGGCAAGUUUUUAGUUAAUCUAUGUUGUUUAUUUGAUAUUCAUAUAUUGAAUGGAAGGUUUGAAGGUGAUAUUGAUGGCAAUUUUACCUGCUUUUCUAAUGAUGGUGCUAGUUUGGUAGACUACAUGAUAGCCUCCUCAAAUUUAUUUUCUUACAUUAGAAAUUUCUGUGUCUUAGAUAGAGAUGAUUCGGAUCAUUUCCCCCUAUCAUGUGAAUUAGCAUUGAUUAAAAAGCCUGUGCUUAAUAUGCGUGGUAAUGACGUUGAACCUUUAACUCCCAUUAAAAGGUAUAAAUGGAAUCAGUCUCACAUGCUAAGUUUUAUUGAUAAUUUUAAAAGUACUUUGCAAAAUAUAUCUCAUUCUUUGAGUAAUACGGUUUGUAAUGAUGUUAACACAGGUGUUAAGGCAAUUACUUCAUUAUACCACGAAGCUGGUCAGUGUAUGUUAGUCAAAAAUAUGAGCGGACGUUUCUCUUCACAACCUCCAUGGUGGAAUUCUACUUGCGACAAUCUUAAAUAUAUUAAAUAUCGAGCGCUAAGGAAAUUUAGAGAAUCUAAUUCACUGCUGGAUCUCAGAAUAUUUAAAGAUAAGCGCAAUGAAUUUAAGAACUAUUGUCGGAUUAUGCUUUUGCAAUACCAAUUUUCAAAUAGAAACAUGUUACUUGCUAGUAGUAAUGAUCCAAGUUCUUUUUGGAAAAUUCUUAAGAGAGGUAAAACUUCAAGAGCUCUAGAUAUUAGUAUCUCCCCAUCUGAGUGGUAUCAAUACUUUGCAGGACUUCUUUAUGAUGAAAAUGCUGUUGCUAUUGAUCAACCUUCUGAUAAUUAUAUUGACCCUUCUGCAAGUGUUCUUAAUGAACCAUUUACUUUAGAUGAGAUACUCAGAUCUAUAGCAAACUUGUCUGUUGGUAAAUGUAGUGGCAUCGAUGGUAUUCCGGCUGAAUUUUUUAAGACUACUAUGGAUGAUAUAGCUCCAAUAUUUUUAGCAUUGUUUAAUCAUAUAUUUUUAACUGGUAAUAUUCCAUUAUCUUGGAGGUCGUCUGCUAUAACUCCUGUUUACAAGUCUGGACCAAGUAACAUUCCUGGAAAUUACAGAGGCAUAUCUAUUACAAAUACUAUGUAUAAAAUAUUUUCGGGUGUCAUUAAUAAACGGUUAUAUGAUUGGGCUGAAGAAAAUAAUAAGAUUGAUGAAUCCCAGGCAGGCUUUCGGAAGGGUUAUUCAGCUGUUGAUAACAUUUUCCGUUUACAAUCAAUGGUUCAGAAGUAUCUAUCUAAAAAGUGUGGUCGUUUUUAUUGUAUCUACGUCGAUUUCCGCAAAGCUUUUGAUAAAAUUAACCAUAAUAGACUAUUUGUUUCUUUAGAGAAGAAGGGAAUUCACGGUCAAUUUAUGAAUACUCUCAAGUCUCUUUAUACCGAUUUAAAAUCAUGUGUCAAACUCAAUAACAAUGUCACUGAUUUCUUCUCGUGUAAUAUCGGCACCCGCCAAGGGGACAAAACAAGUUCGACAAUUUUUGAUCUCUUUAUAGAUGAGUUGUCUGUCCUUUUACGUGAAAAUUGUGAUAGUGGUAUUUUUAUCACAAAUGAUAUUCCAGAUAUUUUUUGUUUGAUGUUUGCAGAUGAUGUAGCAGGGUGUGCCGAAACUGCAUUUAAGCUUUAG